UCCACCUUGGUGGGUAUGGAAAAAGAAACUAAUGGAUUUCUUAAACGGGGUUUCCAUUGGAUAAGGGCCUGGGAUUCUUCCAAAUUCUAGGCCUUGCAGGCAAAAAUAUCUUUUACCUGUUCCACAAUGUAUUAGAUUACAUGUAGAAUUUGGUGUGUCUUUAAACCAAAAGAGGCCCCCACCCCAAAUUCUUGUUUGGUUGCCUAACAUAUGCAAACAUAUGUAUCCAAAUAGUUAUAUCACUGGAAGUAAUCUCAUGCUGUUGCAUAGAGAUUUACGACACAAGAAAAAAAAGGCUUACAACUUAACGAGUUCCUUUUUUCUGUUGUGCUUUAUAAAUACCCCCAUCAGUUCCUUCACUUGAGCACAAAAACAAAAACCUUUCUCUCUUCUAAUUCAUACAAUUUCCAUCCAUUAGUCACUGAGCAAACAAGCAUGGUUAGCACAAAGAUUCUUAUCAGAAUGGCAAGAAAGUGGCAGAAAUUGGAUGCCAUUGGAAGAAGGAGAAUUACUUCAUCACUUGUUGAUAAAGGGCAUUUUGUGAUUUACACAAUUGAUCAAAAGCGGUUUGUGAUUCCCUUAGCUUAUCUAAGAAACACCAUUUUCGUGGAGCUCUUGAAGAUGUCUGAAGAGGAGUUUGGAUUGCCAAGCGAUGGACCAAUAACAUUACCUUGUGAUUCAGUUGCCAUGAAUUACAUUCUCUCAUUACUACAAAGGAGUUUAGCUAAGUAUUUGGAGAAAGCUGUGCUGAACUCUGUUGCAAGCUAUCGCUGUUCAUCAAAUACUAGUUAUUGCCAUCAAGCCCAUACGGACCAACAGUCACUUGUUUAUGGAUUCUGAGGAAAUUAUUCUUUGAUAUUGUAAAUGGUUUAUGUAAUAAUAUCUUGGAAAUGUUGAAAUCCACAGUUAAUGAAAUGCAAUAGCCUUUUUU